AUGCGACCGCGGAUGAAGCAUGACAAUGUGUUGUUGGAGGAAAGUGAGCGUAUCGAAGACGAGUGGAAAAAGUCAUUGUUUGCACCAGACACGAUGCGAGCUAUUGGGAAUUUCAUCGUCAAACAUCGCGGCGGGCUUCCGGAUGAGGUCUGUUGCCCCAAGGCCGGUUCUUUUAAUAUCACAUUUGGCAUGAAGCUUAAAGAUGGUGGACCUGCCAUUUUACGGUUUCUAAACCCCGGUAUAAUCAUGUUUCUCGAGGAAAAGGUGCGGAAUGAGGUGGCCACUAUGAGAUAUAUUCAGGACCAUACCGCUAUACCGGUUCCGCUUGUAAUAAGCUCGGGAACAAGGGGGGAAGCUCUCUUGGAUCGGGCCCCUUUAUCGCCAUGGAAUACAUUCACCGCGAAAUGGACAUGGGUGACGCCCUGGAUAAGCCAGAACUGA